AUGCUGGCUCGGCGCACCGUCGUCUGGCGGCUGGCAGCAGCCGCUGGGCCUCGAUGCCGCGCGCACAGCAGCACGCGGCUGAGCGUGGACGCGUCGCUCGCCGUCAUGGGCCUGAGCCAUGGCGCAUCGCCAACCGCGGUCAAGCUGCGCUUCUACGAGCUGGCGAAGCUCACCCACCCUGACGCCGUGCGGGACGCGCCUCCUACGGCGGGCCAGCCCACAUUCGUCGAGGUGCUCUCGGCCUUCGAAGCCCUCGUCUCGCUGAUCAAGUGGUGCAAAGAGGACAAGUCUUCGUUCGAGAAGAUAAUGAAUCUCGUCGACGAGGCGGAGCGUACGCCCGAGGAGAUGGAGUACAUGUCGUACGCGAACUUUCUGUAUAGUGGGGUGGACGGGUACUCGAAGUGA